CGGAAUUUCCUCGGAAACUCCUCGGUAUAUUCCGAGGAAUUCAUUUUCCGUCGGAACGUCCGUCAGAAUACCGCUGUUUUCUUGUAGUGCCUGCCCAACAAGUCAAAAAAAAUUUCUUAUAAUCAUGUUGUAUUUGUAGGUGAUUGCAAGCUGGUCUAUCAUGCUCUGAACAAGCUGGUUUAUCGGCUGGACUCUAAGAGACUAUCAAUGACAAUGAAGCAGCUACACUUUCAUUGCAUUAUCAUCAGCCAAUGAAAUUUUUGUUUCAAUAUGUUCCAAGAAGUUAUGUGUCUUUUGUAGAUAGUCUAGCAAAAUUAGUUAGACUUGGAAAAAAGCUAUAUAAUAUUUUGUGGUCUUUUUGUAACUUUGUAAUUGUAUUUUAAUAUUGAGUCAUUUACACUGCAGGGCAGUUUCCAAGUUUUAUUUACAUAAUAAGACAGUUUCAGCUACUGGAGCAGUUUAUUGUGACUAGAAACCAAACCAUUAUAACUAAAGUCAUUUAUCUAACUAAAGUGGUCCUACCAUGUUUUUUAAGUUAAUUAUUUUUUUUCUUUUUUUCUUUGGAACGGACAAUCAAAAAUUUAAAACUAAAAAACUUCUUCAUCCCAUUUUAAUCUUUGGUAUCUCAAUCCUUGGUGCAUCAUAUCAUCUAUGUUUCAGUUCUUCUUUACCGUACUUCCUGGUCCUCCUCCGUCAUCGCCGACGAAUUCGGGCGCAAGCCGUCGCGGUUUGUCUUCUCCUUCGCCGCGAAAUCAUCCUUCCUCCUCCACGUCGUUCUCUCUACAACUCAUCUUCGUUGCACUCUGACAGUAGCGCGUGGUGGUCGUGAUGUUCGGACUCGGCUUCGGUGGUCGUCGCUUCAGUUAUGAAGCUCGAGCAACAAUGGCCAAAUCUCACAAAAAUUUCAAAAUCUAAAGUUGGAAAUCAGUUUAGAAGUGAUAAAGCAACAAUCAUGAAGUGUAAUCUACACUUAAAACGCAAAAGAAUGAAAAAUAAAUGAAAGAAAUCAAUAGCGGCCGCAAUAAUUGUUGCAGGAAACCCUAGAAAAUCUGAGAAAUACGAAGAUAUAUUUACAAAAAUACCACUCCUUAAAUAAAAUUGAAAAAAAUGUACAACAUGAUUUUAUAUGUACAUGUGUACAUGUUUACAACACGUGUACAUCUUUACAUGUGUACUGAUUACAUGUGUAUAAAGAUAACAUGUGUACAUCUUUACAUGUGUACAUGAUUACAUGUGUACAUUGUAUAUUACUAAAGCAAUGUAUCGUAAAAUCGUGUAUUCUCUUUAAAAUCAUAGACUCAUGUUUUAAUUCUUAAAUGCAUUGGAAAAUAAAUUAAAUGAACUAAAAUCAAAGCUAAUAUUAGUAAAACACAAAAUCAUGUGUGCACUUAUUGUCAUGUACACCAUUUUCAGUUUGACUUGAUCUAUUUAUUAUGUAUUUUGGUAUUGUUUUAGUAAGCAACCACCAAUCCACCUAUAUGUGUACAACUUGUUCACAUAUAUUGGUUCAUUUUUAUGUACACGUGUACUCAUCACAAAGUGUACACAAAAUAACAUAUUCAAUUUGUCUCAAACUUCUAAUAUGUUCAAGUUUCUUCACGAAUUUGCCCCGAGACUAUUAAAUAUGCAAUCUAGAUCUAGCAAAUAUUUUGCUUUUGCAUCUCUUAUGUGUCCCCUCCUUCUUACGAUUCACAGCCACAACCAAGCUUAAUUCUCAACUGUUCAUUCUCUGUUGUGAAGCUUCUUCGUCGACAUGAAUCCGCCGUGGUAACCGUUGCGAAUGGAGUUGGGUGAAUGUAGCGGUAAGAAGCGUAAGAGUGUAUACAUAUGGCUACAAUUACACUUCAAAAAAGAAUAAUUUUUACCUUUUUAAGCCAAACAACGGUACACAUUUUGAAUCAUGUCAUAUAUUACUCAAAUCUUAUAUAGAUGAGAUGUUAUUCAUUUUAAUUUGGUUGUUGCGGAGAUGAGAAGAUUAUAGGCUAGUAAAAGUACAAAUCUGAUUUAAAAUUUCCACAUGUAUAAUGUUUUAGUGCUAUAUAUGUGUACAUCGCUUUACAUAUUCACAUGUACAAUAGGUGUGUACCAUAACCAUACAAGCACCUCUAUACCAAAAUAUUUGGGUUUAGACAGAUUUUUACACGCAGGAUCAGACAUCUUUUAAAUAAAGAGAUGUACAUGUGUAUGCUAAAUAUGAUAGUGUACAUAUAUAAAACAACCAGAAAUUAAUCAAGCUUAGACCUACCAUGAAGCUACCAUGAAAACACACACACUAAUCAGAAGUUCUUAAACAAAAUGUGUAGGAUGAUAUUUGAGUUCAGUCAGAUUUUAAAGAUGUCUGACCCUGCGUGUACAUAGGAAGGAGGAAAAAAAUUCACGUGUACAUUGUGGUAAUGUGAAGUCGUAGAUGCUUAGUUAUUGAGAUAGAAAACCUACAAAAAGAGAAAAUUGUGUACAUAAUCCCUUUGAUGUAUAACAUAAAAUUAGGUGUACACAUGUACAUUUUGAAAGUAAUGUACAUAGAAACUUUUUAUUUUGUUUUUUUUCAUUAAUGAUGGAAAAUUACGAAAAUAACCUCGUCUUCUUUCUUGGUCAUUGUCGACCAGAAACCCUAAUCUCCGCCUCUCUCACCUAUUUUCACGAUUCUUUACGAAUUUCUCCACUUUUUUUUAUGUAUUUUGUCUAGAUCUGAUAGAUUCAAUCCUAAUUCAUGUUUUACAUUCAAAAGGUCGAACAAAACUGUUUUUUUUUGUUUCUGAUUUGUUUAACAUUUUGUUCUAAAUCUCCACGGCUGAGUGAGACAUUCUUGAUGACGCUGCCCGGCUCCUGCGUAUCACGACGUCCAAGGACCUCACGAUGAUCUGUUGAAAAAGAAUUGAAAAAGAGAAUGAUGAAAACUUCAAAACGAUAAAAAAAGAAGAAGAUAAAAGUCAAUCAUUAAAAAAAAAAAAAGAGAGAGAGUUCAGAAUGAAGAAUAUAAGAGAGAGAUGAUAAUGGGUCCUACUGAUUAGUAUAUAGUUCUGUUUUAACUUGAAAAACUAAACGAAAUGUGAUGAAGUUAAGAAAAAGUACCUCAAUAGCUGAAACUGCCUUAUUUUGUUAUAAAUAACUCAAAACUGUCUUACAGUGUAAUUCUUUCUUUAAUAUUUUGGAGUUUGAAAAUCUCUCCUAAAACGAGAGUCUUCCUUUCGAAGAUUUUAUCUGAUGUGUUACCUAUUGCUGAAGGGAUAAAGUCUAGGGGUAUGAAGAUUGACAUCACUUGUCAGGUUUGUGGUGAUGGCUCAGAAUCUGUGAACCAUUUGUUUUUUACUUGUCCUUUCGCAAGAAGAGUGUGGACGGACACUAAUUUGCCGGCUCAACGCAAUGGGUUCCAUAAUUCUUCUAUUUUCCAAAACAUUGUCCGACUGGUGACUAUUCUGGAAACAAGAAGAACGAAUAUGAAAUAAACAAAUAGGAAUAAAAUUGUAGAAAUAAAAAGGAAUGGUUGUUCCAUCUCAUAUGUAACACGGAAUAACUUUGUUCUUUAUUUUUUUACAAAAAAAUAAUGGUAGGGAAUGAAAAUGAAAAAUUAUUCUUUAUGAAUGAUGAUUUUUUUUAGAAAUGUUAUGGAAUGCAUUAUUCCUCGUCGUUCCUUGGUCACCAUUCAUACCUUAAUUUUUUAUUCCAGGCUAGUAAUAGGAAAUAUAUUUUGGUUGAAACUGGUAAUAUUUUUCUUUGGAUUCUUUGGAGGAUAUGGAAGAAUAGAAAUGCUCUGAUUUUUGAUGAUUUUUGAAGGAAGAGUGUUUGAAACUCAGGAGCUGGUAAAGAAAGCUUUCUCUGACAUGGAGGAAUGGUCCCAAGCUCAAUGUUUGCUUGAUUCUAGGGUAUUUAAUAGAAAUAAAGUUGAGAUUUCUAGGACUGAUAGGGUUCCUCCUAAGAAAGGUUGGUUAAAAUGUGAUGUAGGAGUAGCAUGGAAUAGUCGCUCUAUGAUCAAUGGUGUGUCUUGGAUUUUGAGAAAUAAGAAGGGCGAGGUCUUAUUGCAUAGUAGAAGGUCUUUUGUGAAUGUGAAGUCUAGAGUUCAGGCCAAUGCGAAUGGAUGGUUAUGGGCGAUUGAUAGCUUGGUUAGUCUUUAGGCUAUCCAAGAUUGUUUUUGGAGUCGAGGCCUCAGAUCUCUUGGGAGCAGUUACUAGACCAGCAGACUGGCCAUCUUUCAAAUGGAUCUCAAACAAGAUCUUAGGUUUUCUUCAUUGUUUGGACUGUCGGAACUUGGAGGUUGUUAAUAUUAAUGUGAUCUUUCCGGCAAAUCUGAUGGCCAAUAGUAUCAUCUCCAUAAAUCUGUUUCAAUCAUAUGUGGCUAGAAGCUUUCCCUCUUGGUUAUCUUUUUUCUUUUUGGUUAGUGUUGCAGAGGUUCUAGCUUUUUUUUUUGUCUGUAUGAUUGUUAGAGAUUUGUGUGUGUUUUAAACUGGUUCGUUGUGAUGAUGUUUAUGGAACGAAAAUUUAGCUUUAAAAAAUAAGAAAAAAAAAAUUGAAAACAGAAAACAAAAAAAAGGGUGUAAGCCCAUGUGCAGCCCAUUAAGACAAACUUUCGUCGACUCAGAUGCCAAAACACGAUCUUGUAACUGGAACCAGGAGAGAGAAAAGCGAGAAUUCCGGUUUUAAGGAUCCCUAUUUACGCGCGCCAAGUGGGAAAAGAUACUUUUCAAUCUUUCUAUUCGAUUAUUCUCCUGAGGGUUUAAUCAUGAUUCUUUAGGUGAGAAUUUUGAUUCUGUAAUUUGAUCUCAUCUCUACUCUUCUCUAGGUUCCGAGCGUAACUGGCGAGAAUUUCAGAUUCGAUUGUGUUCAGUGUAGGCUUUGCAUUUUUUACUUAUUUAUUGAAUAGCCUUGUUUGCAUGAUGAUUGACCACUCUUAACAUGUUUUUUUAGCUUCUUUCCUAUAUUUUGGGCAAAACGAUUGCAUCAGUAUUGAGUUUGCAUGAUGAACAGCUUCAUUUCUUACCAUCUGUUUGAUUGUUGCAGAUUCAAAAUCUGUUUGGUCAUGUGGUGAAUCUAUUUGCCAUCUUCAAAAGUCUGCUUAAUUUUUUUUUCUUUGGAGGACAACAAUGGAGACUCGUCCGUUUAGGUCAAUGAGUAGCCUCGCACUCACUUCUUCAGUACCAAACCCUUCAGUCAACGCAGACAUAUCCUUCAGUUCAGAACACAAUCAAUCCAUGGCAAGCCCCUAUCAUUUGCUCUCUGCUAAUGGUGGAGCAGUUGGUCACAAUAUAUAUUCAAAUGAUCUCCAUAACCACCCUUCCAUGGCUUCUCACAUUGGAAGCAGCAGUGACACACCUUUCAUCUCUGAGAUAUUAGAUUGGGAUCAUCCAGCUCCUAUCCCUGACCUUUUUGAUUUUCCUUUGGAUAUUCCCAUUCAAACCAAUCAAAUGGAUGACAUUCACAGACCAAGUGAGUUGGCAGAAUUGGAUGAAGAAUUGAUUACUGAUGAUGAGAAUCCAUUAAUGUCUGCUCUCUUGAACGAUCUUUUCCUUGACACAAGUUCCACCUCUGCUGCUUCCAAGGUCCAGGAACCAACUAUGCAAUCGCAGAUUCAACAACCCCAAGUUGUUCUGCACCAGACUUCUCCGAUUGUUAGGACUGUAUCCUCAAACAGUUUCACCAGUAAUAAUACAGCAGCAACUAAGGGACGUGUGCGUUGGACCCCAGAGCUUCAUGAAGCUUUUGUUGAGGCUGUUAACCAGCUUGGUGGCAUGGAAAACGCAAAACCUAUGGCGGUGCUGAAGCAUAUGAAAGUCCAAGGCCUGACUAUAUAUCAUGUCAAAAGUCACUUGCAGAAAUAUAGGACAGCUAGACAUGUACCAGAACCAUCAGAAGCAGGUUGGCGAGAGAAGAAGUUGACACCGGUUGAGCAUGUUACAUCUCUUGAUACGAAAAGGUUUGGUAACAUCACAGUUCACAAUGGGAUGUAUAUAAGUGAGGCGCUGAGAAUUCAGAUGGAAGUUCAGAAGCAACUGCAUGAGCAGCUGGAGAUUCAAAGGAAGAUGCAACUUCAGAUAGAGAAACAGGGAAAGGCACUUGUAAUGAUGAUUGAGAAGCAAAAUAUGGAGUUUGGCAAACCUGAACAAGAAGAAGAGGCAGAGGCAGAUUCUCGGAGAUCAAAGCGUCCAAGAAAAGGUUGAAUGAAGACAAGGUUUCUCGGAAUGAUAGAUGAUAAAACUGAAAAUGGUGUUUUUUGGUGAAGCUUGUAGAGUUUUGACUUAUUAGAAGAAGACUAGGAGCUUUCUUUUUUCUUAUUAGGGAAACUAUUUUUUUCUUACUAUUUAUUUUUAUUCUUUCUGAUUAUCAUCAGCAGAUUCAGCACUCUAGGUAGAAAAUAAAAUAAAGAGAGAGUUAUUUUUCCAA